AUGCUUCCACCUAUCGAUCCUACAGUGCUGCAACGCAAUCCUAACUUUGAAAUCUUGUACAAGGAUCUUUGCACCCGAAAGCUCAACCCUAAUGGCUCGACGAGAGAUACGAAGAAGCAGCGCGUGCAUGAUGAAAUACGAAAGACCUUAACCUCCGCCCUCACAACCUUGCAUACAAGUCAAAUCCUCACAACAUCAUUGUCAACCCUUCCAUCAAAAGCUACGGAUCUCCCACCAGACCUCCACGCGGUUAUAGAGAUUGUGACUGCGCAAUUGAAUGGUCAAAUCUCAGCAUCGGAUCGAGACAUCCUCUCCAGCGACAUCGGUUUCUUCCAUUCAAACAUAGGUCUCAUCGCCUCUGCUCUAUCAACCCAACUCGUCACCAUAGCAGACUACCUCUGCAUGAUCGCCUCCCCAUCAUCCGUGCCACCAAUUUCCUCACUAGCAAAUGCCGCCCAGACUCUUGAAAACUCCGCUACAGAGUCCCUGCCCAGUGACCUCCAGGCCGCAACUACGCAUCUAACAAACACUCUAACAACACUACUAAACACGCACUCUACCCUCCUCUCAACCAGCAUCAAAAUCCUCGAGCAAACCCAACAAGGCGCCUUAGCCCGACACACCAAAUCAUCCGCCGAACUGCUCCAGACGAAAGCCAUCUUACUUGGUCUACAGGCUAAGAUCCAUACUCUACUUCAUCCUCCACCACCGGAAUUUGUGGAUGCGCUGAAAGAGUAUAGGAAGGGAUUGGGUGGGGGUAAGAGGGCGCUAUGGGAUCGGGAGGCACUGGCAAGGCGAGAGUUGGAGUUGUACGGGAAGGCUGGCGAGAAGGGGAUGAGGGAUUUGGCGAAAAGGAAGAAAGGCUUGGUUGAGGAGGCGGAAAGGAUUGAAGCGGAAAUCAGCAAGCUACAACGUGGAGAGUGA